UUAUUUGCCAUGAGUGGUGUGGCCUGGGUCAACCCAGUGUGUCUAUAACAGCAAUCAAUGACAUCAUUCAUGCGGGGCAGCAGGGGUGAAACUGGGCGAGAGCAGAGGAGAGAUGGCAUGAGAAAUCUUUGUCCUGAAUGGGCUGUGUGUGCAGUGGACUUUUCACUCCUCUCGCCUCAAAACAUCAGCAGACACUGUAAACACUGCAUUAAAGCGAGAUGAAAUACUCCUUUGGACUUUUCGUGUUAAUCUCUUCACUGACCAUCAGCGUCUGCAAUAAGCAUUACGGAAUGCAUUAUUCCUCUUAUAGCGCGUCUCUGCGCUGUUAUAAAUGCUCGGAUUACUACGGUGGCUGGUGUACAAAUGUCCAGGACUGCACUUAUGAAGACUCGUGUUUGUCUCUGCAUGAGAAAGGAGGGAAAACAAUCCGGCAGUGCAUCAGGUACACGGACUGUGACAACUCCCGGCUGAGUCAGAUGUUUCCAGCGGUGUCUGGAUUUACGUACCGCUGCUGUAACUCUAACUUAUGUAACAGCGGGCACAGGGACACGGCCAUCCUCAGCCUGUUCAUCUCUCUGCUCAGCGUGUGGUGGAGCUGCUGCUGCUGCUAACCUUCUCACUGUAUCACAGAAAGUUCUACUCUUCUUACAUACAAUAAUGGUAAUAGAAUGUGUAUCGUAAUUGUAACUUGUUCUUUAAAUUAACAACCAUCUUUUAUGUGUUUUA